CUCGGUGGCUUGAAUUGUAACUGUCACUGUCAAAAAUGUUUAAAAAUGUAUUUUUAAACAAUAUAAUGUUUUCUUCCUUCAUUGUAUAAAUUAAUACUCUAAUGUGUGAAUAUAUUAUUAACGUUCGAAUAUAUAACAGAAGCAAGAAUCGAAACAUAUUAGUGUAGUUUCUAACCACAGUAAUAACCCUACAUUGUAUGCCGCUACUAUAACAUAGAAAAUGGCUAAAUUUCAAGUAAAUACUAAGUCAAAAGAUUAUCUAAGGGACAAGGAAGCCUUUCUUAAAGAUUUAAAGCAGUUUAAUGAGAGUAAAAAUAUUCCAUAUAAAAUUCCGGUUGUCAAUGGUGUGGAAAUAGAUUUGUAUUUGUUCUAUUCAUUGGUUCAACAGCGCGGGGGACUUGGCAAGGUGAAUCAAAAUGACACCUGGGAGUCAUUUUUAAGAUUGCUAAGACUCCCACAUCCAUGUAUCAAUGGAUCUACUCUCUUGAGAAGAAUUUAUGGAAUGUAUUUGGAAAAGUAUGAGAGAGCAAAGGGUCCACCGGGUCGAGAUGAUGACAAUGACAUUGAUGAAGAUCCAAGGAGAACAAGAGGAGGUGGAAUGCCACGUAUCACUUUUGGAGGUGGGACAUACAUAUCAGCAUCCGGUGAGGCGCUUCGUACUAACGUAGCACCGAGAAUUGCAGGCCCAUCGGAGCGAUUGACAUUGUCUUUAUUGUCACCUAUGCCCAAUGAGCAAGACUUUGCUAUAAAUGUGUGCACCGUGCUAGCAGCUGAUCAUAAUAAUCGCCUACCUUUAAGCACAACACCACAUAUAUUGGACUUCUUAUUGGCACAUGCUGGUGUCUACAAUCAUUCAAGUCUUCGUGAUACGAUUGGUCGAUCUUAUUAUGAGGCCCGUGGUCGGUACCCACAUGAGUUCUGGCAGAUGAGGUCUGGAGGCGGCGGUGCUAAGGAGUUGGCUGAUGAGAGCAAGUUCAUGCAGCCGGGGAUUGAGCAGCCUGAGCUGAUGGUGCAGGCACUGGCCGCUCAUAAUACUCUGACUGAUUGCUUGAUGCAGGAUGGCGGCGUUGAGGAAUUGGAGAAGUUGAUUGAUGAGAACAGCUUGGAUUUGUUGGAAGAUUGGGUGACUGAGCCCUCGGAAGAGAAUCUGUUGUUUGCACCCGAGUUGCCUGGAGGCUCAGCCUGUGUGUACACACAGCGAGUGCUGCAAGUCGCUUCUAUAGUGCGCUCCCUGUCAUUCCACGAAGAGAAUAUACAAUAUUUAGCAAAGAACACCACACUUAUACGAUUUUUAUUACUCUGUGCCAACUGUUGGGUGGGUACUCUACGUCAGAGUGGAUUGGAUACUCUUGGUAAUGUUUCAACCGAAUUGGUAAUAAAGGAUCCAGCGACGUGUCUCAUCUCGCGUCAUAUUCUGUCCACGAUUCAAUCAGCGCUGGUGUCACCGGACCGCGCACGUGUUCUCGCUGCACUGGAAUUGCUCAACAAACUGGCACAGAACGAAGUUAAUGAAGACGCACUCCUUAAAGCGUUGGAAUCCAAGGUAUACAGCGACGUGUGCGCAUUGCUAACACUGCGCGAUAUAAUGGUGCUGGUGUGCACGCUGGAGUGUGUGUACGCGCUCACCUCGCUGGGAGACCGGGCAUCGGAAGCUGUCGCCCGCGUGCCCGGACUUGUACAUACCCUUGUGUCACUUGUCACUGUUGAGGCGCAGAGCUACGGUCCUCGUGCGUGUAUUCUGAUGCGCGUGGUGGAGACUGUCAGCGGGCCCAGCCCUAUGCCCGCGGACAGGGAGCCCGCACCCCCACCGCCACCCUUGAGUCAAGUAUCAAAACCAGUAGCUGAGCCUGUUGUGCAGACACCGCCUGCGCCGGCGCAGCCCGCGCCCGUCUCCUCCAUACAACAGUCGCACAUGCAGCAACGAACCAUACAGGAGAACGAGCACUUCGCGCAGGCGUGGCUGAGGUCUACGUACGAGCCGCUGGGCGCCGGCGACAACAGCACGUGCGAUGCGGCCGAGGUGUACCGCCAGUACCUCGCUUGUUGUACCAAGCUCGGCCGCAAGGGUGUCAUUGCGCCCGCACACUUUCCACGAUUAGUCAGGACCGUGUUCGGGGGCACGGUAGGUCCCAACACGGUGACAAUAGCGUCGGGGGAGACGCAACAGGCGUACAUCGGUAUACGCGCCAGGAAUCCACAGAAUAGACCCAAUCCACCUGCAGGACCGUCAUCCCCUAUCUUGAAAGCGCAGCUGACCAAUAAGCCUGGUACUGUUGAAGUCAAACCGGUCGUUGUUCAAGCCCAGACGGCGAGCCCCGCGGCCUCUGGUGGGGCGCAGCACCCGCACCUGUCGCAGGCGUUGGAUGCGCCCUCCAACACGACUCUCAUCAAGCACCUGUUGGCCCACAAAGUAAGCCCCGCCCCGCACAAGCAAGUUGCACAAAGACAACAGAGUCAACAAAGAGUUGUUACACCAUCAACUUCUAACGCAGUUGUACAACCCAGUGUAUCGGGAAUGGAGGUGGAUCCUGAGGCAUUGAUCAAAUGUACUACAAUAACUCCGGGCGGUGUUGCCAGCAACACGCCUUUGCAAGGGGAUAAGGUCGUGAUUACAUCAGACGAAGUUUUAGUUCCGAAAGAGGAACCAGUACAAAUUCAAAUAGACGAACAAGCGCAAUUAACUAUAAAAACGGCACAAAAUAAAAUGCUAGCGGAUUUAUUAGAGAAAAAAUCCAAUCCACCUGUACAGAUUGUACAAAUGAACCCACAAAUGAACGCUCCGACCAUACAAAUAACGGAAACCGGUCAAAUUGUACAAGUUAAAUCCGAAGCGAAUCCGAUGAUACAAAUAAACGCAGACACUGCCAGUCAAUAUUAUCAAAUAAAGAACGAACAGGGCCAAUUAAUUCAAAUUAAGAACGAACAAGGACAAAUAGUACAGGUUAAGAACGAUCAGAUACAAAACUCGAUGUUGCAAUUCAAGAACGAUCAGGGCCAAAUCGUUCAGAUUAAGAACGACAGUCAAAGUGUACAGGCCGGUCAGAUGUUGCAGCAAAGCGUCGUACAAACUGGUAAAAUUGAAAAGGACCAGAUAAUGGAUACGGUGGUGACUGAUCAUUCCUAUAUAGAGCCGCCAACGAAAAAGCUAAAGAUUGAAGAAAAAAAAGAGGGCAAUACACCUCAAGAAAGUGUCUCCAAGACAGCAGCUAACUUGUACGCCGCGUUGGCCGCGUCCGCGUUAGAAGACGAGGAAGAUCUGCGGCCUGGACUUAUGUUACCUGGAUCUCUACGCAAGAUACCAAAUAAACAAGAGCCCGCAGAAGUUCCGCCUCCAGUGUUGGUGGCGGGAUCAUCUGAUACUGGUUCUGUUAUUAUACAGGAACCAUUGCUUCAGGUGCAUCAGCCCAGCAUGCAAGUCCAGCAACCCACCAUGCAAGUACAACAACCCACUUUAGUCCAGCAACCUACCAUGCAAAUACAGAACUCACCAAUGCAGAUGCAGCAACCGACAUUACAAAUGCAACAACCUAUGCUGCAAGUUCAACCUAUGGAUGUUCAGAAUAUUCUAGCCUCGCAGUCAGGACAGAUUAUACUGCAAGGCGGUUUGGGUUACAUAGCCCAGAAUAUACCUGGGAACAUGAUGCAGAAGACAAUUAUAAUAGUCCAAGGUCCAACAGGCGGAGGUCCACUUACACUUACGGUGAACAACCCAGCGGGUCUGGACGAGGCGACACUAAACAGCCUUAUUACCCAAGCAACAGAGGCGAUAACGCAACAGCAAAUUAUCCAGAACACGGGCGUAAUACAGUCGACUCAGAGGGUGAUUGUGAGCCAACCGACACUAGUCAGCACUUCACAGCCCAUCACUAUGGUCAAAACGGCCAUAGCACAGAAUACCCCACAAAUAACGGCGAGUCAACAACCAAUAAUAACAUCACAGCCCCAACCACACAAAGCACAAAUUGUCUCACCACAAACACAACAAAUUGUCGUAUCGAAACAGGCUCCUGCAUUAAUCAGUACUUCGACAAGCAACCAGAUUAUACAAAGCGGCAAUCAAAUUAUACAAAGCGGCAAUCAAAUUAUACAAAGUGGCAAUCAAAUUAUACAAGGGAAUCAACAAAUUAUUGCCGUAUCAAACAAUCAGCAGAUCAUAAUGAACGCACCAUUGAAACCCGGCGUGCAUAGAGUAAUGCAGCCACAGAGGUGUCAAGUGGUCAGUACGGUGACACAGCCUGUUGUAGCGCAGAGUGAAGCCAAGACAACUGUUAUACAGACUAGUCCUAAACCACAGCAACCUAUCAUGCGGCAAGUAAUCACACGGCAACCAAUAAUGGUGGGGAACACCAAAAUAGGCGAUAAAGAGGUCGUCACCCAAACUGUUGAGAAGCCACCGACUCCGAAACCGACAGUGACACCGCCGCCCAUUGCCUCCACGUCUUUAUCCGCUGAUGACACACCCUGGAUAUGUCAUUGGAGAGGUUGUGGCAAGUCUUUCCCUAAUGCAUCGGAAGUAUUUUCUCACGCUGCGAAGACGCAUUGCCCGACGGCGGCGGGAGGCGAGGCGCCCUGCAUGUGGCUGGACUGCGACCGUGUGCCGCGCAAGACAUUUGCCCUCCUCAACCAUCUCACAGACAAACAUUGCACGCCCGCUGCAUUAAAGGCGAUAUUCAAUUCGCGUCGACACGCGCUAGCGGAGGCGGAGGCGGGCAAGCCGGUGUCGCUCGGCUAUCCGCCCAACGCCGCGCUUGCUGGCCGAGCUCAGUCGCACGCCGGAGCAAUUGGUGAGAUACACGAAUACAAUCGAUGCGCACUCAACUCUCUGCUAUUUGAGAGAGAGAAAGAGAGGAAGAGAGAGGUUGAGAUAGAGAAAGAGAGAGAGAGAGAGAAAGAGAUAGAGAGAGAGAGACAGAGAGAAAUAGAUAGAGAGAGAGAGAGAAAGGAUGAAAACGAAGGACCUGUUACUAAGAGCAUACGUUUAACAGCUGCCUUGAUACUGAGGAAUAUCGUUAUUUAUUCUAAUACAGGAAGACGGCAACUACGUCCUUACGAAGCGCAUCUUGCAUCUAUUGCGCUAAGUACGGUGGAAGCAUCGAGAACGAUUGCCCAAGUUCUAUACGAUAUGAACAAUAUUUGA